GUUACUCUACUCUUUGGGUUGUUUAUGUUUAGUGUGUUGUGGGGUGUGCUGGAAAGUGAAAUGUAUAAUGUAUGGUAAAAGUAUUAGAAUUUAAAUAGAAAUACAUUAAAUUAUUAAAAUAUCUAGAAAAUAUCAAGACGAAAUUAGUACAAAAAUUAUAUUCUAUUUUUACUAAAAUUUUAUUGACAGAACCAAUCUAUUUAAAAACGAAAUAUUAUACGUGUAUUAUUUGAGAAAAUAAUGUUUCUGAAAAGUCAAUUUCGAGCACUUUUGUGCAGAGGACGUAGAAAAAAAGUAACAAGUUUAGUUAUAAUAAUGAUAUUUUUGAUAAAUGCAAUGUUCUAUGUAAGCUUAGAAUUAUACAAUCUCAUAAAGCGACGGCAUAAAGAUCCUUGGUACAAGAGUUUACACUACGAUCAGAACUCUUAUGUGGACAAGACUGGUAUGAGAGUUAUUGUAGGUCAUUAUGUAGGUGGAAACUCUGGGGGCAACUUAUCUGAAGAUGUAAUCAACAGUAAUCAUUAUGCACCAGUGCGGGGAGCUGGUGAGGGUGGUAGACCGGUUCAGUUAACACCAAGAGAGAUAAUACCAGCGCGGGACCUGUAUAUGUUGCAUUCAUACAAUAUUGUUGUUAGUGACAGGGUAUCAAUUAACAGAAGUCUUCCUGAUAUGCGCAGUGAGAGUUGUAGAAGUAUCCAAUAUAAGUUGGAAGAGCUCCCGACAGCGACAGUUAUUAUAGUAUUCCACAAUGAAGCGUGGUCCACUCUCAUGAGAACUGUGAUGUCAGUUAUCAUUAGAUCUCCAGCGGAAUUACUAAAACAGAUUAUUUUAGUUGAUGAUGCAAGUGAUAGAAAGUACUUGGGUAAAGAAUUGGAAGACGCAAUAGCAACAUUAAGCAAAGUACAGUUAUUGAGAAGUGUGAAUAGAACUGGUUUGGUGGGAGCGAGGCUUAUGGGCGCGAGGGCUGCCACGGGAAAUGUACUAGUAUUCCUGGACGCUCAUUGCGAGGUCACGCAAGGAUGGAUCGAGCCGCUGUUAGACAGAGCGGGCAGUGAUGACGUGUUCGUCUGUCCACACAUUGACCUUCUCUCGGACGACACACUGGCAUACACAAAGAGCAUUGACGCGCACUGGGGCGCGUUCAGCUGGCGCCUGCACUUCCGCUGGCUCAUGCCGAGCCACGAGGUAAUGAUGAACAAAUCUAAACACCCUUCUAGACCUUACCCAACACCCGCGAUGGCCGGAGGUCUAUUCGCCGUGAGAAAGAGUCUCUUUUGGCGGUUAGGUGGGUAUGACGAAGGUAUGAUCAUAUGGGGCGCUGAGAAUCUAGAACUGUCCUGGCGCGCUUGGCAAUGUGGUGCACGAAUAGAAAUAACACCCUGCUCCCGAGUGGGUCACAUUUUCAGGAGACACAGUCCAUACAAGUAUCCCGGUGGAGUCGCCAAAGUUCUCAAUUCGAAUUUGGCACGCGCCGCGACAGUGUGGAUGGAUGAAUGGGCGGAUUUCUUCUUCAAAUUCAAUCCAUCUGUGGCAGCGAUUCGAGAUGCCCAGAGUGUUUGGAACAGGGUGGAGUUGCGUAAGAGGUUGAAUUGUAAAAGUUUUAAAUGGUACUUAGAUAACGUGUGGCCCCAAAAUUUUUUCCCGAACGAAGAGCGCUGGUUCGGAAGGAUACGGAACGAUAAAGGGAGCUGUAUAGGAGUGGUCGCGGGGACGCCUGGACUUGGAGGUCCUGCAUCGGGGAUAAAUUGCGGCAGUGACCUCGAUCUUGACAGGUUAUUAGUUUACACGAAAGAUGGAAAAAUUAUGGCGGACGAAGGGUUGUGUUUGGAGCAAGGAAACGGCAGGGCUGUGUGGAAGACGUGUGGUGACAGCAAGAAACAAAUAUGGCAGCAAAAGGGUCCAAGGUUAAAAACUGUGGACGGACUCUGUCUCACGAUGGUGGCUAGUGACAAUAAAAAUGGCGGCGAUCCGUUAACGGCUAAGCGCUGUAUGAACGAGAGCAGGCAAAUAUGGCAUUUUGAAAGAGUGCCUUGGCGAUAACCUGUGAUAUUUACGAUUAGAAUACUCGUACAAAUUUUAGGAGUACAUAGUUAUAACUUUAAUAAUUAAGAGAAACGCAAAUCUCAAUCAGUGAUAUCCCAGUAUUUGAUCUGAAUAUUUAUAAUAAGACAUUUAUAUAAUAAAUCCUCAUCAUUGGAUGUUAAGUUUGCCUCAAUUAGUUGAAAUGUUGGCACUACAGUAUUAUGUGCUUGCAGUAUCAGAACAUAAUUUUUAAUGGACUGUGAUAACUUCUACACAUAUCUUGUGAACGGAUUUUUCGUAUGUACCUAAAACCAUACAUUUUUGACUUUUGGUCACGACCUUGAUAUUUGAUUUGGGUUGAAUUUUCAGCCCUUGUGUGUAAAGUUUUAUUUUCAACCCUAAUGUGUUCUUAGAAAUGUUUUGUUAACAUUCUACAGCGCCAAGCAUUUAUAAAGUGUAUUAACGCUUUGAUAUGAAUAUAUGUUUGAUUGGUUUGAUAUUUAAAGUUUAUAUUGAAUUUAUCGUUUAGAUGUUCAAUAUGAUAUGGAAAUCUUUGAAAAUUAGCGCGACGUCCCCAUGUGAGGUCUUAACUUUGUAGCACUUUUUUAUACAAAAUACAAAAUAUGAAUUUUUUGGGUAGUAUGUAAGUACUUAAUUUACUAAUACAGUAUUGUAAAUCGAACACUAACUGUGAUUAUAUUUUCUAUUGUAAGGCCUAGUUAGUAAGAGUUAUUCCAUUGUAAUAUUAUAUAUUCAUAAUUUAUUAACUGUGACCAGCGACCAGUGUGAAUUUAGGAUUUUUAUUAUCCCAUCAUCAACUAGUUUUUUUUUCUUAAAACGUAGUUUAUGAGCUAUUCCAGAUUAAAAUCCAUGUCUGUGUCAAAUUUGAUCAAAAUCCGUCCAGUAGUAUUCGUGUAAUAGUAAUAAACAAACAUAGAAACAAAAAAACAUUAGUAUUUACAAUAUUAUCACAAUAAAGUGUUUUCUGAUGGCAUGGGUACGGUGACACUCGCCUGUAUUACGUUCAUAUUACGUACUAUUAUCGUGAAUCGUGGCAAAUUUUCAAGAGGGAAACGAACUGUCUCCCGCACCAUCCUACACAAAACGAACUUUAGUAGGAUAGUUAUAGUACCUAUGCGAUAAUUUGAUUAGUAAUUUGUAAAAUCACAGAAUUUGCGUCACAAGACACACACAUUCAACAGACUUAAUAUGCAUUAUUUUUAAUUUGGUUGUUAAUGUUCAAUUAUAUUAAUUUUUAACAAAUGUAGAAAUAGUAAAUAAUCGAAUAUUUGAGACAAAUAAAAGACUAAAGCAUUUAUUAAUAUAGGAAUUUUUUUAUUCUAUUAACUAUAACAUUAUAGUGUGCAGUGUAAUACUCAUGUACUUAUUAUAUAUUAAUAUUGGUUGUGUUAACAUCACAGGGAUAACAAAUAAUAUGUACCACGGUGCUUAACGAAUAUAUUUGCACUUUUGUAUUUUAAUAAAGUUAAUAUUUGUA